GACGGUUUUACUCCAUUAGCAGUAGCGCUCCAACAGGGACACGAUCGGGUCGUGGCCGUACUGCUUGAGAAUGAUGCCCGUGGAAAAGUUCGACUUCCUGCCCUCCAUAUCGCCGCCAAAAAGGACGACAUCCGAGCGGCGACCCUACUCUUACAGAAUGAACAUAACGCUGAUGUGACGUCCAAAUCCGGUUUCACACCUUUGCACAUUGCCGCACACUAUGGUAAUGAAAAUGUCGCCCAACUUCUCAUCGACAAGGGAGCCAAUGUGAACUAUCAAGCGAGGCACAACAUAAGGUAUUUCUGA